AUGGCUAGAAACUUGUUGGCAUUCGAAAGAUUUGGACCAACGCAAUAUGACGACGAAUCGACAGAAAAUUUAGUCGAAGACAGUGUUGACUAUGACUUCCUGUACCCCAGAAGUGGUCAUCGUGUGGCUGUUGAUGAGAAGAACAUGUAUGUGUUGGGAGGGUACAAUCCUCGCUUCUGGGAUGUAGAGAAUACAGAGGAUACCUAUUAUCCACUUUUUAAAGAGCUGUGGCAGUUCAACAUUUCUCUGAAGAAAUGGACAUUAUUACAGACAGAAGGAAAUAUGCCUAUAGAGCUGGCAUCCCACACUGCUGUGAGGUGUGGUCGGAACCUGUUGUGUUUUGGUGGGACAGGUGUACCCUUCGGUGAAAGUAGCAGUAACCAACUACAUAUCUGUAACCUGGACACACUCAAAUGGCGUCAGUUGAAUUGUACUGGGGAACAUCCACAGAAAAAAUAUGGCCAUUCCAUGAAUGUAGUGGGUCACCACUUGUACAUUGUUGGUGGGACGUCAGGUUUUGUAUACAACAUGGAUAUUCACCAACUUGACCUACGGACAGCCACAUGGACACACAUUGAAGCCACCAACCAAAAGUACAUGCCUGAUAGCAGAUACAGACACGAGGUGGCCAGUGAUGGCACCAGACUUUACCUGUUUGGGGGUGGAACUGCCUUCACCUCAUUUGGAUUUGACAAGGUGCCAGCAUUCCAUUUUGAGAGAUGCAUGUGGGAUGAAAUAAAGACAAAGCCAGAUGCUAAAAGUGGUUAUCCUAAACCAAGGAAAUGUCAUAGUUGUGUUUAUUAUGAUCAAGGAGCUUACAUAUGUGGAGGGUUUGACUCACACGAUAUUUUCAGUGAUAUAUGGAGGUUAUGUUUGGUGACCUUUACAUGGACAAAGCUAUCUGCCAGUCUUACUGUACCUGUUUACUUCCAUGCAGCUGAUGUCACCAAGGAGGGCUGUAUGUAUGUGUUCGGGGGAGUCACGCGGAUUGACAACAUCAGGACUAAUGCUAUACAGAGGAUCUGGCUGAAAGUGCCAGCUCUCAGUGAACUUUGUUGGGAUUAUAUGUGUACCAAAAUGGACGUUGGAACAUUUAAACAAGACAAGAAACACUUACUGAGUCUUGGAGUACCUAUGCAUUUAGUGGACCGUCUAUCAUAACAACACGCUCCAUGUUGCUACAACCACACAUAUAUAAGUCUUUCAUUACACGUUUUGUA